AUGCCAGCGCCACUGCCGCCGCGCAGCACGCCCUUCUCGCCGCUGCCCGGCAGUCCGAGCGUGUCGAGCCGCCACGUCUCGCGCGGCUCGCCCACGCCCGACGCUCGCGCCGGCACGCCCGGCGCGGGGAGCAGCGCUGCGACCGGCUUCGGCCUGCUGGGCCGCGACGACGAGACGACGUACCACCGCCGCCUGCGCAGCUUGAUCGAUGACCAUCUGACUGCUCGGCGCACGUGGGAGCGCUGCGUCAGCGACGAUGCCGCUCGCGUCGUUGCUGAGAUCUCGACCAAGGCACGCGCCCUGGACGACGCGCUGGCUCUGUCUCAUUCUGCUGCCGGCCGGCAAGCGACGCUCGGUGCCGCGCUCGACGAGCUUGAGGACGAGGUGGCAGACCUUGCAGACGUGAUGGCCCGCGUGCACAAGGCGAACUCGCGCCUGCAGAUGCUCGGUGACAAUGCGCAGACUCUGCUCGUUGACGCCACUCGCGCAAAGGGCCCCGAGUUCACGAUGCAAGAAGCGAUGUGGGGCACGUGGACGCUCGCGCAGUUUGUCGCAUACCUGGGCGAGCUGAGCGGGCAAUACGUGCUCCAGUCCGCGCAUCUGCGCAUCCUCGCAAGACAGCUGACAGCCGAGGGCUGCGCACCCGCCCGGCCCUCCGCGGCGACAGCUGCAAAGCUGCGCAAGCGCGGCAAAGCCAGCGGCGGCGGCUCGAGCGACGAGGGCUCGGGCGACGAGAGCAGCGAUGCGUCUGACGACGACGCUGCCGGCGCCGGCUUGCGGCGCAGCGGCUCGGCGUCGGCGCGCAAGCUGCGAGGCAAGCUGCGCGAGCGCGUGCUGGAAGAGUGGGGCAGCUGGCGCUACGUCGUCGAGAGCGGACCGCACAGCGGCAAGCUGCUCGAGGAGGUGUGCGAGGUCGAAGUCGGGCGAUGGGCGGAGAGCAAUGCACGAUGACCCACGCGGCGCACGCAGCUCUUCACACACGGCGAUGUAAAUUGCGGGGGAGAGACGAUGUGUCUGGGGUAAUGAGGUGCUGGCCGGGCUGAGAGGAGCCGAGGGUGACGGGACGCGGGCGCAGGCGCUGCACCACUGGCGCUGGAAGCAGGCCAGAGGCGAGUGCGCCGCGCGGCGACGGACGCCAAAU